CCCCGAGGGGAGAAAGGGAAGCGGGAGCCGCCGCCGCACCUCGCCCAAGGGGGGCAACAUUGUAUCCCCGCGGCGCGUCUGCUUCUUUGUCUGCUUCCCACCGCCCCCUGCCAGGGAGAGUUGCCGGAUUGUAGCCCCCCCUCCCCGGAGCAGGGGGGGGGGGCCGCUUUUGUGGCUGGGACAGCGCUGCCCGCGGAUCCCCGCCGCCCCUCCUCAGGGGGGAGGCGAGAGAGGGGGGCCCCCCUGCGCCCCCAGCCAGCUCGGAGGCAAAGGGGCGACCGAGAAAUGCGCUGCGCUCCGGGGCUUUCUCCGGAGAGAGGAGGCGGACGAGCCAGAGCCGCGAGGAGGGGCUGAUUAUUGUGGUAUUAUUUGGUGCCUUGCCCAGCGCCGGCACGCCGCAGAGGAGAGCCCCGGGGCUGUGUGCCGCCCCGUCCCCCCGGGUGGCGGGUCUUUGUUUGUUUGCCACGUGAACCCACUUCUGGCCGGCUGGAGCCCCAGACAAAGCCCCAUUGAGAAGAGGGCAGGGGAAGUCCAGCAACUCCAAGGGGAGGUUGGAGAGAGACAAGCGACCCCCCCCCCGCAAGCAGGAGCCACCUGAGGGGAGGGGGCAGGCGGGGGUGGGUUUUAGCCCCCCACGCGUGUCUCUCUCCUUUCCUGGCUUGAGCUGGACGAGGGAGCCGAACCCGGCGCGUGGGGAGAGAGAUGCUGCGAGGAGCCGCUGAGCUGGGAUCUAUGGAGCAUUUGAUAGGGAAGAAGUAAAGCUGCCAAAAACCCCGCCGGGGAGUGAUAAAAAAGGAGUCUUGGAAGUGUCGUGUCCCCACCCCCCCCGAGAUGCUUCCCGCACUGGCUGCACAUCAAAAUGGAAAGGAGCAAUAGCGCUUUACGGGCUUGCCAGGGGAAGCUUCUAAACUAGCCCGGGAGCCUCCAAAUCCAAGGAGGAGAAACUGCUGCCAGCUGCUGGUGUGUGUCCUCAAUGAACAGGAGAGGGGACGGGAACCGGAGUUUUGGCCGCUGGCAACUCAUCUAGGGCAACUUUUUGGGAAGGAUCCAUUUCUCUGAACGACUAUGGAGGAGUGGAGGCAGUGUGGCCGCUGGCUGAUCGACUGUAAAGUGUUGCCCCUGAACCACAGGGUGGUCUGGCCCUCAGCUGUUGUGUUUGACCUGGCUCAGGCUUUGAGAGAUGGAGUCUUGCUCUGCCAGCUGCUUCAUAACCUGUCACCUGGAUCUAUUGAUCUCAAGGACAUCAAUUUCAGGCCACAGAUGUCACAGUUUCUCUGUUUGAAGAACAUUCGAACAUUCUUAAAAGUCUGUCAUGACAAAUUUGGGUUAAGGAACAGCGAGCUGUUUGACCCCUUUGACCUCUUCGACGUGCGGGAUUUUGGAAAGGUGAUAUCAGCUGUAUCCAGACUUUCCCACCACAGUAUCGUUCAAACCAAAGGAAUUAGACCCUUCCCUUCAGAGGAGACCACAGAGAACGAUGAUGAUGUCUAUCGGAGCUUGGAGGAACUGGCUGAUGAACAUGAUCUGGGGGAGGAUAUUUACGACUGCGUCCCCUGUGAAGAUGAAGGCGAUGAUAUCUACGAAGAUAUCAUCAAAGUGGAAGUUCAACAACCUAUGAAAAUGGGAAUGACAGAAGAUGACAAAAGAAAUUGCUGUUUGCUAGAAAUUCAGGAAACCGAGGCCAAAUAUUACAAGACACUUGAAGACAUAGAAAAGAACUAUAUGAAUCCAUUAAAGCUGGUACUGACUCCACAAGAGAUGGAAUCUAUUUUUAUCAAUUUGGAGGACCUAAUUAAAGUGCACUUCAAUUUCCUGAGGGCCAUCGAUGUCUGUAUGAUGUCUGGAGGAAGCAGCUUGGCGAAAGUUUUUCUAGAAUUCAAAGAAAGGCUAUUGAUUUAUGGGGAGUACUGCAGCCAUAUGGAAUGCGCCCAAAAUACGCUGAACGCUCUCAUUGCAAGCAAAGAGGACGUGAGGCAAAAAGUUGAGGAAUGCACAUUAAAGGUUCAGGAUGGGAAGUUUAAAUUGCAAGAUCUGUUGGUGGUACCAAUGCAAAGGGUCUUGAAGUAUCAUCUCCUAUUAAAAGAGCUUCUCAGCCAUUCGUCUGAUCGGCCAGAAAAGCAACAACUCAAGGAAGCUUUGGAAGCCAUGCAGGACUUGGCCAUGUACAUAAAUGAAGUCAAGAGAGACAAAGAGACCUUAAAGAAAAUACGUGAAUUUCAGAAAUCUAUAGAAAACUUGCAAGGGAAACUGGAAGAAUUCGGGAGGCCAAAGAUAGACGGUGAACUGAAAGUCCGUUCCAUAGUGAACCACACCAAGCAGGACAGGUAUUUAUUUUUGUUCGAUAAAGUGGUGAUCGUCUGUAAAAGGAAAGGAUACAAUUAUGAGUUGAAAGAAAUUAUCGAGCUGCUUUUCCAUAAGAUGACCGAUGAUCCCAUGAACAACAAGGACAUUAAGAAGUGGUCAUAUGGGUUCUACCUGAUUCACCUUCAAGGAAAGCAGGGCUUCCAGUUUUUCUGCAAGACAGAAGACAUGAAGAGGAAGUGGAUGGAGCAGUUUGAAAUGGCAAUGUCCAACAUUAAGCCAGAAAAAGCCAACGCGAAUCACCACAACUUCCAGAUGUACACGUUUGAAAAGACGACCAACUGCAAAGCGUGCAAGAUGUUUUUAAGAGGAACUUUCUAUCAGGGCUAUCUUUGCAUGAAAUGUGGAGCAGGUGCUCACAAAGAAUGCUUGGAAAUUAUUCCUCCCUGCAAGAUCAGCUCUCCAGCGGACCAGGACUCAUUAAAUACAGGACCUGGUCCUAAAAUGGUGGCCGUUCAGAAUUACCAUGGCAACCCAGCUCACCCAGGAAAGCCGGUGUUAACGUUUCAGACUGGGGACAUAAUAGAACUGCUAAGAGGGGACCCAGAUUCGCAGUGGUGGGAAGGGAGGUUAAUACAGACAAAGAAGUCUGGUUAUUUUCCCAGUUCAUCGGUGAAGCCCUGUCCUGUGGACGCUAGGCCUCCCAGCGGCCGGCCUCCUUCGAGAGAAAUCGACUACACGGCGUACCCUUGGUUUGCAGGGAACAUGGAGAGGCAACAGACAGACAACCUGCUGAAGUCGCACGUCAGCGGGACGUACCUGAUUCGAGAGAGACCAGCAGAGGCCGAGCGCUUUGCCAUCAGUAUUAAGUUUAACGAGGAAGUCAAGCACAUUAAGGUGGUGGAGAAAGACAACUGGAUUCACAUCACAGAAGCCAAAAAAUUUGAAAGCCUUUUGGAAUUGGUCGAAUACUACCAGACCCACUCGCUGAAGGAGAGCUUUAAACAGCUGGAUACAACGUUAAAAUAUCCAUACAAAUCCCGAGAACGUUCUACCUCCAGAACCUUCACUCGCUCCCCAGUGGUCACGCCUCCGGCCAUAGGGACGGCGGUGGCACGCUACAACUUCGCCGCACGGGACAUGCGAGAGCUCUCUUUGCGAGAGGGCGACGUGGUGAAAAUCUACAGCAGGAUAGGCGGGGACCAGGGAUGGUGGAAGGGAGAAACAAAUGGAAGAAUUGGUUGGUUUCCUUCGACCUACGUGGAGGAGGAGGGAGUGUAACGAGGACCGGAUCUCUGGCAGGCAUCACCGAGCGCCCAGUAAAAGCCACCGCAGAGUGUGCACAGUGGUCCCAACGCCCAGGGCUCUGAGUGAAACACAAUCAGAAAUCCUCCAGUAUUAACAACAAGUCUAUUGUGAAUUGUUUUACAAUCAAUCCUCUGUAAAGUGUGUGCGCGCGUCAGGGGGUGCCACUGGCUCUCAGUCCUGGGUUGUGUUACUUGUGUGUAAGAGAGAGUGUCUAUAAGGUAAUACUUGUCUGUAACAGCAGCAGGAGGGUCCUGGGAAGAUCAUGCUCAACAGCCUUGCCUGAGCAGGACAACUCAGCACAGCUCUGCUCAGACACUUCACCCAAACCCAUUUCACGGAGGGUGUUUCAAAAGCCACCCUGGGGCUCAUGGGAGGCUGGGGCCAAUGUCUCACUCUGACUGAAGGUGGAGGGAGCGUUUCAGAUUUCUACUGAGAAGGAGCAAGCCAGCCCCACAGUAACAGAAGAGGCGACCUCACCCCACCCUGCUCUCUCCCCCUGCUGCUUGAAUGGACCCCUCUGGAUAAUUAUUUUUCUUGUCAAGUCGGCGUGAUCGACGGCAGAGCCCAACUCUGCUGCCCUCCUGAGGUGAUUUGGGGAGCAGAGCAGAGGCAUGGUGAGGAGGCCUCUCUCCAUGAGCUCUGUAAGAUACCCAUUGUAAACUAGGAAUGAGUUUUUGAAAGAGAGAGA